AUGGCUCUCUCCGGUGCUGAGAGAGCCCGACGUUGUCGAGAGAAAAAGAAAGCAGCAGGUUUACACGAAUUAAUAAAACAGCAAGAUUGUGAACGUAAACGACUUGCUCGUUCAAAAAUGCCACCAGCUAAAUUAAAAAAAUUACGUGUACGUCAACAAACUAAUCUUCGUAAAUUUCGUUCAAAAUCAAAAUCAAAAUUAAAUCCAACUCGACCAUCACCACCUGAAUCAUCAUUUCGAACGAAACAAUCUAAAUCUAAAGCUUUGAACAGAAUUUUAAAAGCGUUGCCCGCAAACAAAGACAAACAGUUUGAAUUGAUCAAAGAAAUUGCUGCAAAUUUGAACAUUGUUAGAUUAGAAAAAAAAUUCGAUUGUUGUCUUUUAAUAAANAAUACUCCAGAAAUUUCCAUAACCUUUUAA